UUAAUGACUGAAAUGGCAAAACCUUUAGAUCACAUCAAGAGACCGAUGAACGCCUUCAUGGUUUGGUCCAGGGGCCAGAGGAGGAAGAUGGCCCGGGAAAACCCCAAGAUGCACAACUCAGAGAUCAGCAAGCGGCUCGGCGCGGAGUGGAAGAUGCUCCCGGACUCCGACAAGCGUCCGUACAUCGACGAGGCCAAGCGGCUGCGGGCUCAGCACAUGAAGGAGCACCCGGACUACAAGUACCGGCCCCGGCGCAAACCCAAGAGCCUCCUGAAGAGGGACCGCUUCGUCUUCCCGCUGCCGUCCUUCCUCGGGGACGCGGCGGAGCACCUGAAGGGAUUUUCCAUCGACUCUUUUCUCGUCCCGGGGGAUAAAGCCCGGGCUCUGCUCGCUCCUUCUUCUUCCUCCUCCUCCUCCUCCUCCUCCUCCUCGUCCUCCUCUUCCUCCUUCUCGCUCCUGGAGCCGGUGGCGCAGUUCAGCACCGGAGCUGUCCAGCGCGUGGCGGAGAUGCCGCACGCGCUGGCCGCGGGCGCGCUGCCCUACGGGGCGCACGCCUUCGGGUACCAGACUGGGGGGUUUGGGGGUCUGGCCUGCCCCGGACAGCACACGCACGCGCACCCGUCACCCUCCAGCCCGGGAUACGUGGUUCCGUGUAACUGUAGCGCCUGGUCCGCGGCCAGCCUGCAGCCGCAGGUGGCCUACAUCCUCUUCCCCGGAGGGGUGGCAAAGCCCGGCCUGGACUCCUACACGCCCCCCAGCUCCAGCGUGUGA